GAGAGCUAACGGUCAAAAUAUCAUCUUGGUCGUAUUAAAACUCUUCUCUGUUUUUUCAUUUUAUCUUCUGCAACAAAAAAAAAAAAAAAACAAAGCGAAGAAGGUCUUCUGAUUUGCUCGUAUGAAUUUUCCGACGAUCCCUCAUGAAUCGAACGUUGUUUCCAUCAACGUCGGAGGCCGAAUCUUUCAAACAACGAAACAAACCUUAACCCUAGCCGGAACCGAUUCUCUUCUAUCUCAACUCGUCGUCACUGAGUCAACUCGUUUCGUCGAUCGAGAUCCCGAUUUGUUCUCUGUUCUUCUUUAUAUCCUCCGUACCGGAAACUUACCUGCGAGAUCACGCGCCUUCGAUGUUCGAGAUCUGAUUGAUGAAUCUAGAUACUAUGGAAUCGAGUCUUUCUUAAUCGAUUCACUCUCGAAUUCGUCGCAAUUCGAGCCGUUCGAUCUCCGUAGAUCUAGGAUUCUUCAAUUGAACGGUCGAGAUUCUCCGUCGGCUAUCUCACCGACGUUAAUCGGCGGAGGACUACACGUGGCGCACGGUAGCAAAAUCACUUCGUUUGAUUGGUCGUUGAGGCAAAAAUCGACGGUGUUGACGAAUUUCUCCGCCGUGGAUUCUCUUCUAGAGAUUUCUCCGGGAGUUUUAGCUGCCGGAGCUACCGAUUUCCCAGGUUUGCAAAUCAUCGAUAUCGAAAAUGGCGGAUUUGUUCGUACGACUCUGAAUUGGGAAAAAGUAGCUAGGUCUAGCUCAACGGUACAAGCCAUAGGUUCUUCUCCUGAGUUUCUGUUUGCUAGCUUUGAAUCUAGUAGAAGGAACUCGAAUUCGAUUAUGGUGUAUGAUCUAUCGAGCUUGUUACCUGUGUCUGAGAUUGACCAUUGUGAGAUCUAUGGUGCUGAUAUUGAUUCUGCGAUUCCAUCAACUAAGUUGAGAUGGAUUCAGAGUUGUAAUUUGUUGAUGGUUUCUGGUUCUCAUACUAGUCCUUCUGGUGUCAAUGGUCACAUUAGGUUUUGGGAUGUUAGGUCAAGGAAUAUGGUUUGGGAGAUUAAGGAGACACAAGAUUGUUUCUCUGAUGUUACUGUCUCUGAUAAUCUCUCGGCGGUGUUUAAGGUCGGUGUGACUUCGGGGGAAGUUUCCUAUGCCGAUUUGAGGAGAUUAGGAACUAAGGAUCCAUGGGUUUGUCUUGGGGAAGAGAAGAAGAGAAGCUUGAAUGAGAGAAGAGGAGUUGGGUGUAAGAUAGAGAGCUAUGGGAAUCAUGUGUUUUGCAGUAGUAAAGGAAGUGGGAUAGAGCUUUGGUCUGAAGUGAUCACGGGUUUGGUGGGGAAUGCAAGCCGGGAUGUAUCGGAAGAGAGGGUUUUUAGGAAGAAUUCGUUUGGGAAAUUAGCGGAUUCCGGAGAAAACAAGAUAACCGGUUUGGCGUUGGAGGAAAUAGAAUGUUUGUGACCCGAAAGGAUCAGCAGUCUGUUGAGGUUUGGCAAAGUCCUAGUCGUGGAAUAUCGAUCUAAUGAGCAAGUAUUAAACGUUGGUUCGAGGU